CGCCACAUAAUUCCCUACGUUAACAUCACAUCAUCGUCACACAAACAUUCACAUCAUCCUCCACACCAUGGCGGCGGCGGCAGGCAACGGCGUGAACAACAAGAACUUCCACCUCAAAGUGGUGGCGAUCGUAACCACCGCCACCGGCCCCAACGGCGCCCCCGUCACUCGCGAGGCCGAGCGCAUGUUCACCCUUCCGUUCGAGCCGAUGCUGAACGAGGACAGCGCGAUGCCGCACGUGCGGAAGAUGGUGGAGUCCUUCCUCCCCAUGAAGAUCCCCGACCCGGAGGACAAAGUCGCCAUCGUGGACAAG